AUGACGAAAGUAGUGCAAGUGAAGCUGCUGCCGCUGCUUCAGUACAAGAUUCAGCGCUGCAACAACAUUCGCAAAAUGCGGAGGGUAAUAAAUGUCCGUCCGGAUGAGUCACUGGUGACGAAAGUCUCUCCGGAUCAUUCACUGCAGCAGCAGCAACAACAGCAGCAACAACAGCAACAACAGCAACAACAACAGCAACAACAACAACAACAACAACAGCAACAACAACAACAACAGCAGCAGCAGCAAGAAUUUCAAGCGCCACCGAUACAUAUUGGAUACAGCGCAGAUUUUGAUGAUGUCUUUUUUGAUGGCGCUGGUGAUGAUCGGCAGCCUUUGGAGCUCGAUCCUUUCUUCGAUGCACCCUUCGAUCAGAUGUCGUCCUUCUAG